AUGUUGGAUUCCAUAAGCGACAACCAAUUGAUAAGGGAUUUUCUAUUUUUAUAUCCGAGAAAUCAAUGAGGGAAAUGUGUGGAAUACACAUUAGUUAUAGGGAUAAAUGCAGUUCAAAGUAAAUUAACUGGAUUCGUUUCAUUAGAGCAAUUGAGUUUAAUAGCGAAACAAUCAUUUGAAUCUGAAAAAAAUAAGAUUCCUGAAAUAAAAGCCAAACUUUCAACUAUUAAAGACGAAUUAGAAAAAUUUAACCGUGAAUCUGAAAAAUCAAAGGACAAUUCCAAGAGAAGUUCAAGCGAAAAUCUAAGGCAAAGACCGAGUAAAACUCUUAAGCCUCCCAAGCCAAUUCACAAAAAGCAAGCUCCAAAACCAUUACUAAUCGAAUCCACCCCGAGAUUUAAAGCACAAACAACUGAUUUAUCUAAAAGCAAAAGCAAAGAUCAUGAAAAGGAAAAUAAUUUAAAUAAGGAAAAUCUGAAGAAAUAUGCAAAUAAAAGCGAAAUUAACUAUGAAAGUGCAAAGCAGAAAAUCAGAAUAGGUGAAACAUAUCCUCAUAGCAGAAGCAAACAACCUUCUCCUACGCUUGAGGAACUCCUAUGUACCAGCAGAAUUACCCAAGCAGAACACAGCCGCAUUGAAGAAUCAAAUUUAAGAAAAUAUUUUAAGCCAGAGCUAUAGAACUUUCUCUUCAAUAGCGCGAAAAGACGUGCAUCCUGGUUUAACUAAAAGGUCUUUGGACAAUGAAAAUCUGCUAUUCCUUCUCCAUAAGAGAGGAAAAUAGUGAAAAUGAAGAUUUUUGUCCAAUCCAGUUUCGAGAACUGGAAGGGAUUAUUUUGUCCUAAAUUAAGAAUACCUGAGUUAUUGUGGGAUUUUGAUUUCCUACAAAAUUUUUAAUUUUUAAUGUAUUUUGGUUCGUCAAAUGGUUUUGACGAGUUAAUUCUGGCAGGCACGUGAAAUAAAAAAAAUAAUUGAUUGCCAUAAUGUUUUUAAUUUUCUGAUUUUAAGGAUGAUCAGAAAUUUUUUUAAUAAAUGGCACAGGAUCAAAAAAACGAGAUUAAAGAUUAGUGAAAGCAAGCAUAUAUUUUUCUAGCUAUAAGACGCCCAGAUAUUUGCUAAUAAAAUAAUAAGAAUUCUAAUAAAUAACUUUUAUAUUUCUCAAAUUAAUUUUUUUAUUUAAAUUUCGCUAUUUGAUGCCAUUGUUUUCUCUUUCUGAAUUUGAACCCAAAUUCAUUUUUGAACAUUUUUUGUUCGUUUAAGUGUCAUCUUGAUUUUGCUCGCUAUAUAAAAAUAUUAAAACUCUUAAGUCACCACUUGCGGUUUCAUUGAAAGUAUGAUAUUUGAGAUUUAAAAUAAGCUAUUUGGUGCCUUUAUUUUCCGCUUUCUGGACUCGAGCACAAAUUCAUUUUUAGACAUUUUUGCUCGUUUAAGCCGCCAUUUUGAUUUUGUACACUAUGCAAAAAAUUAAAACUCUUAAGUCACCACUUGCGGUUUCAUUGAGAACUUGGUAUUUAAAGUAUCAAAACAACUAUUUGACACCUUUAUUUUCCGCUUUCUGGACUCGAGCACAAAUUCAUUUUUGAACACUUUUUGUUCGUUUAAGCCGCCAUCUUGAUUUGCACGCUAUAUAAAAAAAUUAAAACUCUUAAGUCACCACUUGCGGUUUCAUUGAAAGUAUGAUAUUUGAGAUUUAAAAUAAGCUAUUUGGUGCCUUUAUUUUCCACUUUCUGGACUCGAGCACAAAUUUAUUUUUGAAGAAUUUUUGUUCGUUUAAGCAGCCAUCUUGAUUUGACCGCUAUAUAAAAAAAUGCAAACUCUUAAGUCACCACUUGCGGUUUCAUUCAAAACUUGAUAUUUGAAAAACUAAAUAAGCUUCUUGGUAUCUUUAUUUUCCGCUUCUUGGACUCGAGCACAAAUUCAUUUUUGAACAAUUUUUUGUUCGUUUAAGUGCCAUCUUGAUUUGCACGCUAUAUAAAAAAAUUAAAACUCUUAAGUCACCAUUUGCGGUUUCAUUGAUAGUAUGAUAUUUGAGAUUUAAAAUAAGCUAUUUGGUGCCUUUAUUUUCCGCUUUUUGGACUCGAGCACAAAUUCAUUUUUGAACAUUUUUUGUUCGUUUAAGCCGCCAUCUUGAUUUUGUACGCUAUAUAAAAUAUUAAAACUCUUAAGUCACCACUUGCGGUUUUAUUGAGAACUUGAUAUUUGAGAUUUAAAAUAAGCUAGUUGACAUCUCUAUUUUCCGCUUUCUGGACUCGAGCACAAAUUCAUUGUUUAGCAUUUUUUGCUCGUUUAAGCCGCCAUCUUGAUUUUGUACACUAUAUAAAAAAUUAAAACUCUUAAGUCACCACUUGCGGUUUCAUUCCAAACUUGAUAUUUGAGAACUAAAAUAAGUUAUUUGAUGCCUUUAUUUUCCGCUUUUUUGACUCGAGCACAAAUUCAUUUUUGAACAAUUUUUGUUCGUUAAAGCAGCCAUCUUGAUUUUGCUCGCUAUAGAAAUAUUAAAACUCUUAAGUCACCACUUGCGGUUUCAUUGAGAACUUGGUAUUUAAAGUAUCAAAACAACUAUUUGACACCUUUAUUUUCCGCUUUCUGGACUCGAGCACAAAUUCAUUUUUGAACAUUUUUUGUUCGUUUAAGCUGCCAUCUUGAUUUUGCUCGCUAUAUAAAAUAUUAAAACUCUUAAGUCACCACUUGCGGUUUUCAUUGAGAACUUGGUAUUUAAAGUGUCAAAACAGCUAUUUGGUGCCUUUAUUCUCCACUUUCUGGACUCGAGCACAAAUUCAUUUUUGAACAAUUUUUGCUCGUUUAAGCCGCCAUCUUGAUUUUGUACGCUCAAUAAAAAAAUUAAAACUCUUAAGCCACACUUGCGGUUUUAUUGUAGACUUGAUAUUUGAGAAACAAAAUAAGCUAUUUGACAUCUCUAUUUUCCACUUUCUGGACUCGAGCACAAAUUUAUUUUUGAACAAUUUUUGUUCGUUUAAGCCGCCAUCUUGAUUUUGUCAACUUUCUGAUCAUCCUUAACAUCAGAAAAUUAAAAAAUAAUGGCAAUUUUUUAUUAUUUAUUUCAAGUACUAACCAGAAUUGACUCGUCAAAACUAUUUGACAAACCAAAAUACAUUGAAAUUAAAAAAAUUUGCAAGAAAUCAAAAUUCGACAAUAGCUCAGGUAUUCAUAAUUCAGACCAAAAAAAUUCCUUCAAGUUCUCUAGACUGGAUCGGCAGAACUUUUCACUUUUACUAUUUGCCUCUCUUAUGGAGAAGGAAAAGCUAAUUUUCAUGGUCCAAAGACCUUUUAGUCAAACUAAGAUGCACGUCUUUUCGCGCUAUUGAAGAGAAAGUUCUAUAUCUUCUAUUUCUAUAGCAGACAACAAAGGGAACUUUGAUAACCUUUCGCAAUACACAGCUUUAGAUGACACUUUUACAAAUAUAAAAAAGCCUGAAAGCCAUAAUGAAGGUGCUAACUUGGCUGAUUUCCAAACUCCGAGAUACCCAGUUCAAGUAAACUUUUCACAAAGCGAUGAAGGCGAUUCUGGGAUUUUGCAUAUUGCUGAUGAAUUUUUAAAAAAUCCUCUGUUUUUGCAUAUUUCAAAAAAUAAAACCCAAGAGAAAAAAGGGAGGCGAGGGAAUCUGAAAGGUGAGGAGCUGAGAAGCACUGGGAAAAUCAAAAACUCUACAGAUUUUAUUAUGAAUGGAUUCCAAAGUGAAAGGGUAUCGACAUUAAACUGCAGUCCCAUAGAAAGCUUCAUUUUUGAUUACGAAGAUAUCUCUUAA